AUGCCAGAUUGAGCUCCUAUAAAACACACGAUGUGUUUAUGUUUUAUUUGUUUACCGGAUGGACUUAUGACAUGAGUGUUGGUGUUAACGAAGACUUAGAAGAGCAAAGGCCCCAGCAGCAAAGCCUGUGCCGCAGCCUGCGCCGCGACGCCCACGUCAAGUGCCUGGUGCUGACGCUGCUGAUCUCGGGGUGCCUGGCUGCGCUCGCCUGGUGCCAGUGCGCACGCGUCACGCGCCUCGUCGUCAACUUCCACAACUUCCCUAUCACCACUCGCCGCACCGCCAGCCCCUGCGAGGAAGGCUACGUCUUCAUCCCCGUCGCCUUCGCCGCCAUGCUCUACCUCGUUUACCUGGUGGAGUGCUGGCAUUGCACCACGCGCCUGGAGCUCGCUUACAAGGUGGAUUCUGCCACUGUCUACGAGCACAUCACGCAGAUGCGGGAGACCCAACCGGUCAUCUGGUGGAAAGCCGUUUGCUACCACUACGUGCGCCGGACGAGGCACGUGACGAGAUACCGCAAUGGAGAUGCAUACACGACGACGCAAGUUUACUACGAGCGAGUCAACUCACACGGUUCCGGUGCGAGUUUUGCGUACACGAACUGUGGAGUGAAGGACAUCUCCAAGAAGCUCCUUGACUUGGAGAAGCACCCGACCACGAAAAUCCGGUUCAGCAAGGGCUUCGCUUUCGCCAAUCUUGAAGCUGCCAACGAGUUCGAUGAACAAAGGAGAAGGUUCUUCCACGAGAAUGAGCGCUUGGAUGAUUACAUGGAGAUGUGCGAGGGCCUGGACCUGGUGGGCGUCAACUUCCAAGAGCACAUGGUCGCCUUCGCCGAGCCACACAGGCUGCCGUGGUAUGUUUCUCAUACAAUAUUUUGGGUGUUCAGUUUAUUUCUUUUGUCAUGGCCCUUGAGAGUGCUCAUCCAGUACAAGACGGCGUAUGUUCAUUACCAAGUAAACAAACUUUUUGGCGUUAACUACCUCACGCCAUCAAGUGAAGCACAGAUGAUUGGACACAUGUCCCGAGGGACAACCAUUGACAGUUCGGAAUUCGAAAGGCAAAUUGUUAACAACAACACUAUAGCUCCUAGUUACUCCGAAUCUUUACUUUUGAGAUCCUCCAGUUCAUUCCUAGAGCAAAACCGGAGCCGGAACUCAAACCAGGUUGAUGACACAAACCGAAAUUCAUCGGAUAUGGCAAACCAACCGGUUAAUCGGUCGUCAUCGAGGCGGUUUUCCACCGGUAUUCCCGUGUCCAUCAGUAGAUCUUCUCUGCAAAACGGCCGAGUUGUUUACUAUGUGUCACCUUUGGAAGAUGUAAGCACGGAAAACGGUCCUCCUGCUGAUGAUGGCAGGACGGACGACAACUCUACUCCUCAGGAAGUGCUCCAGCCCCCCUCAUACGAUGAUGCCUUACGUCACUGUCGACCCCUCUUCCUUCCCCUCAGACGAUCGGUGACUGAUAGAGACAUUCAGAGGAGGUUGCCUCUGGUUUUUGUUCCAGGUCUGCAUCAAGGUCAUCAAAGGGACAGAAUUCCUCUAGGCGAAGACAUCGAAGAAAAUGAACCUGAAACUGUGCAGACGAGGUUAUGA